GAAAAAAAAUCGUUUUAUAAGAAUAUUUUUCUCACAGUGUAGUGUAGAUGAAAAAGAAAGGAUGUCCUUAUACCAAUAUAAACUUUCGUCCCGUUUGCAGAAGAAUGAUAUUUAAGUAACAUCCUGACUUUCUUCUGAUUCAGCCAAUCAUUGAGCAAUGCGUGACGUUAGAGAUGGAAUCAUGAGAUCUGCGCCACAGUGAGUGUAUAUAAAGAAGCUCCCGCGAUGAAGUCUCCGUUAGUUCAGUGGCAAGUGUGGCAGCAACGGGUGCAAAAGUGAAAUUUGUACGUGAAUCCUUUUUGGAAUAUCCCUAAACAGGAUAAAGAAAAAUUUAGAGAAAAUCUCUUUGUGAUGAGUGGUUCAGGGAAGGGGCUUCUGGGCCUCUGGCUCUAUCGCAGUGGUGAACAGGAGUGGGCAGUGAAGGAGGGAAGUCCUCUGCAUCGUCGCAAGGAAUUUUCUCGCAAGGAAACCAUUGGAAACUCCGCAUCCCCCGGAGAUAGGACAUCCAUUAUAUUUACGCUCAAAAAUCAAGUUGGAGGCCUCGCGAGGGCUCUUCAGGUUUUCCAGGAAAUGGGAAUCAAUGUGCUGCACAUUGAGCUACAGAAUAAGGAUGCUGCAAAGGAGCAAGCUGAUGUUCUUGUGGAUGUUGAGUGUGAUUCCAAGAAUCUCGAUCAACUCCUCAGGAUGCUCAAGAGGGAAGUUCAAUCCGUUAAUCAGGUCAAUCAGGCCUCCGAGGAAUUUCCACCACCAACACCUCUUUCAGCCUGCGCCAGUUUUGAUUUCGGCGAGAUGCAUUGGUUUCCGAGAAAGAUAUCGGAUUUGGAUAAGGCACAAAAUGUUUUGAUGUAUGGCUCUGAUUUGGAUGCAGACCAUCCUGGAUUCAAAGAUCCUGUUUAUAGGAAAAGACGCGAACAAUUUGCAGCCAUUGCCCAAGCUUAUAAGCAUGGAAAUCCAAUUCCAAAAAUUCAGUACACCGAAGAGGAGAUCAGAACAUGGGGAACGGUUUUUCGAGAACUACAUAGGCUCUAUGUUCUACAUGCUGUUCCUGAAUACAUGGAGAACUGGCCAGCUCUUGUCAAGUACUGCGGCUAUCGCGAAGACAACCUACCGCAGUUGCAGGACGUUAGCAGUUUUCUCAAGCGUAAAACUGGAUUUCAGCUUCGUCCUGUAGCAGGCUACCUUAGUCCGCGUGACUUUCUGUCUGGUCUGGCUUUUCGCGUCUUUCACUGCACCCAAUACAUUCGUCAUUCUUCAGAUCCCUUCUACACACCAGAACCCGAUUGCUGCCAUGAACUUCUAGGGCACAUGCCGUUGUUAGCCUGCUCUAGCUUUGCUCAGUUCUCACAGGAAAUCGGCCUGGCUUCCUUGGGAGCUUCUGACGAUGACAUCGAUAAAUUGGCAACGCUGUAUUUCUUUACCGUUGAGUUCGGACUCUGUCGUCAACCUGACAAUAACUACAAGGUUUUCGGAGCUGGUUUGCUAUCAUCUGUCGCAGAACUACAGCAUGCUAUAACAACACCGGAGAAGAUAAAGCGCUUUGAUCCCGAAGUAACGUGUCGCGAGGAGUGCAUAAUAACAUCCUAUCAGAACGCCUACUACUACACGGACUCCUUUGAGGAAGCAAAAGAGAAGAUGCGGGCAUUUGCUGAAACAAUUCAGCGUCCAUUUGGGGUUCGCUACAACCCGUAUACCCAGAGUGUGGAUGUUUUGUCAAAUGCUCAAAAGAUAACAGCCCUAAUAAGUGAACUACGGGGAGACAUUAGCAUCGUUUCUUCGGCUCUUCGAAAGAUUUCUGCCCAAGACGCCAAUCUUGAUGUUCAAUCUAUAGCUGAGAUGCUUCAUACAAACAUCAAUGUAUCAGAGAAAAGUCCGAUGAUAAGUCCAGAUCGAAGCUCUGACAGUUCACAGGAGGAAAAGAUGAGCAAGAAUGGAGGCAAGCAAGGGCAGCAGGACAAUAAUGAGGAAGUUGCGGACAAAUAAACCUAAAAUAGUGGACCAGUAGAUGUAAUUGUUAUAAAUGUGGACUUCUAUAGUUAAUCAAUAAAGACAUUCAUCAGCA